AUGAAAACUCUGAGGGCCUGUCGUCAGUGUCGCGAGUCCAAACGCAAAUGUUGCCGACAGGAUCCCUGCGAAGCGUGUGAGGCUUGCCGUAACCGAAGGUUGCAAUGCAGUGCGGCGACCUCAGCCGUAAACCCGAUCUCAAGAAACGAUCCAGGGCCUCUCGGCGUUGAGAGUACACAAGACUCGCAGUCUGUCACAGGUCUGCCCCAGGGUAUCGUCACGGAAUUAGUCGAAAAUUAUCUCACAAGAGUCCACGGCGGUCCCCACUGGAUCUUCCAUCCGAUGACUCUUCGGUCACAGGUCUCCGAAGGGUCUGUGAAGGAUGCGUUACUGUACGCAAUUUGUGCAAUAGGCUCCAAGUUUUCUCUCGACGCGAAAAUUCGUGCGGAAGAGGGCCGGCUGGCGGCAGGGGCGAAGCAUUCAUUGCACGCGGAUCUAGAGAACAUCUGCAUUGAAAAUGUGCAGGUUUGUAUUCUUCUUGCGACGCUGAGCUCCGGGAACUGCCAGCCGUCAACAGAAGCUCUUUACGUCGGUUAUUGCCGAACGACGACGUACUCACAUUCUGGGUCUACCCUCAAAGGCAUCGCGAUCAGCAUGAUCGACAUAUUGAAGCUCAAACGGUCACCAACUGCAUAUCCAACCUGUUCCAUCACGGGCGAAACCGAACGGAGGAUUUUGUGGUCCCUGUACAUCGCAGAACGGUGGUGCUCCUCGGGGCUCGGUCUCCGCUGCAGGAUGGACAUGGCUGCAGAUUCGUGUCAUGACGUCCCAACAACCAUGGAUGAGUCCACAUGGUACUCCAUUCGGCCAGGCGGACAGCAAACUACACCCACGAUAGCUUACAAACCUGGUAUCUUGACUCACAUGGUCAAUCUUGUGAGCCACUUCACCGCGAUUCAGGACCUCAACCGUCAGAUCGCCAUAGGCGGCUUGACUACCGCUGAGGUUGAGAAACGCGUCGCAGAUCUCGCAGAUAAAUUACAAUACUGGCACUCUAGUCUUCCCUCCGAUCUACAGAUGACAGUUCAGAACCUCGGUGAUAAACUGCAAAAGGACCUGGCCAGAGAUUUUGCGGUCCUGCACCUGACGUACCAUCACUUUUCGACACUUCUGCAUUUUAACUUCCUCGAGAGCUAUCAAGGAAAGGCCGAUUCGUCGUCUCACCACAAGCAUGUUGAGCUGUGCAAGCAACAUGCCUCGUCAUUCAGCAAUCUCCUUCGCCUUUCUCACCAGAUGGGCAGGUUCGCGGUAGAAUAUCCGAUAAUCGGGCACAUGACGGUCGUCUCGUCGUCGGUACUAGUGCACACCCUGCUCUUCGGCGAUGUAAAGGAGCUGCCCGAUGCGCGCAAGAAGCUGGAUUCAAAUUUUGAUAUACUAGUGCAACUCCAACAGUGGUGGCCCUGUACAGAAGCAAUGAACGUAUGCCUGUUGAGGUUAGAUUCCUAUAGACUUGAUGGUUGGAUGGUGAGAUAUCUUUUAGAACACUCACGUGCACUAGAGCGUCGGGAACUACAAACUGUGCCACCUAAUAUAGACAUGGGAAGUAUGAAUAAACCACCACGAGCUGAGCAACUUCUAGAAAUAGGGAGAUACACCGAUUUUAGUAGUUUCCACUCUAGCUAG